AUGACAUUUAUAGACUUGCACUUCAGUCUGCGCAAGAGCAUGCUGGUGUGCAAACGUCUUAGAACGCGGAAGGGUAAAAGAAUUGUCAACGAUAUCAUCAACAAGUUACCCAUUGAAUUGCAUAUACCGGGCUACCAGUAUUGUGGGCCGAAUACCAAGUUGGCUAGACGAUUAGCACGCGGUGAUCCUGGGUUGAAUCAAUUGGAUAAAGCGUCUAGACACACCGCUGAUAAAAUUCUGGAAGAUAAAGCUCUGCACAGGGCUUCUGCUAAAGACGCUAGUGUUGGUGAGAAGGCGGCUGCUUGGAGUGUGAGUAACCUCAUGAAGAUGGAAAAGGCUUCCUUCCACUGUUUAUUAGCGACGGCGGAUACAUCUGUGAGUCCCGUGGAGGUCACGCCCCCCGUGGUCCCGAUGCCCUUACACACGUCACUCGUAGUCCUAGUCAUAAUGGAGACCGAGCGGGCCACCUCCAAGAUACCGCAAUCACUGGAUAGAGACGCCAGCGAGCCUGCUGUCGCACUCUCGGACGCCUGUGCUCGGGUAUCCCUCCCCUGCACCGUAAACGAGGCUGGUUUCAUUGUAGUUGCUGCAUGUGUGAUGACCUUUGAAGCGCGCGACAGCGCCGCAAAAGUGGUGCCUGCACGAUUCCGCUUCAACCAGAGUUCAACUCUUAAAUAUGCGCGCUGUCAGCGGCCGCGUCGAUCAACAUCGAGUCAAACAACAAAAUGGGAUCAUCAGUUAGGCCUAUUCCGUAUUAACAAGACACCGAGCCCAAAUGCUCAUGACAUAUCUCGUAAAGCGCUCACGGCGGAAUUCGUCAAAUUCUCGAGAAAUUUGGGAGAGAAGGGGGUGCCGGAGCAUCCGAUAAAAAAAAGUCCGAGUGCGCCAUCAUUGGUUAUGAAAAAGUCUCCGUCAAGACGAAAAACGUCAAAAUUUGCAGGUUGUGCACUGCUGAAUCCUGAACUUCUUCAGAGGCACGCUGUUUCAGUGGACAAUCCUGGUUACAGUCCCCCAAGGGUCAGUGGAGAAAGUCUGGACAAAAAAACGAAUGGCAGCCAAGUAUCGAUGGCAAUGGACCUGUACAUACCGAAUAAAGGGCCGAUUACACUGAAAAUCAAAGACAGAUCUGACACUGCUAGACGCCAUCAGCUCCAUCGGCAGGGUAAAAUCGAUGACAUAGAAGAUGAAGAAGCUAAAAAAGUUACAUCAAGACGUAAGCCAUAUUCAGAUUCGAUAGGUUGUCCAACUGGAGCAUCUAGCCGGUACGCAACUGACUUUGUGCCACAGAAACGAGCGUCAAUAGACCUUCGAUUGAUGGAUGAUUUUGGUGCUGUAGCUAUCGCAAGUCAUGGCAGUUCACCCAGAGAUUUUCGGAACACGUCAUCAUCGAAUAUUCGCAAUAUGUCGGUUGACAGGUCGUCAAGUAGGAAAACCAGCCUCGAGUUCCGAAAAAGCCCCGAUUUCCGAAGAGCAGACUACAGGUAUUUCGAUGAUAUUGAGGUGAGGUCUAGAACGAAUAUCAGUGAUAGCAGACGACACAGGCAGAAGCUGAACCACUCAAAGUCUGAUGAUAACCGGAGAAGAUCUUUUGAUCGCCAUAGGAAAGACUUUCAAGAAACUAGUAGACACUCACUCACUACACCCGUGCUUGUUGAAGGCUGUGGGCCAGAAUAUGAAUUGAAAUAUUUCACUAGUUUAUCAUUCGAGACAGAAGACCGCAUAUCGCGUAUCGCAGACGUUAACCAUGUUGUGGAGAUUAAGGAAACUAAAAUUCAAGAUUAUGACAGUCCUGAAGAGCCUAUUGAUGGCGAUGCAUUAUUAGAGGAGCCGGAGUUGGAAAACAUUAAUGAUACUAAGAUGUUCCCUAAAAAUGAAAAUGAAAAAAGACCUACCAGGAGCAAUGAGAAAGAUAAGGAAAAGGAUAACAACUUCUCAGAUGUUCUUAUGAACGUUGACAAGUGA